UGUUGUUGGUAUUGUUUGGUUGUUGACAGCUGAAAUUGUUUACAUCUUCGCACGCAUUCUGGCGGAGCGAAUCAGGCGGCGUGUAUUUCGCAAUCGUCUUAAAGUUCGGGAAGUAUGUUGAACUAAUAUAUUAUAAAACAUACGACGAAAACGAAUGGUAUUCGUUGGUAUUCAGUAUUGGUGAAGAUGAGUGACACAUUUAUGACGGACAGUGAAGAAGAUGGAGGUGAUUUUUCAGCUAGCGAAGACGAAUGGUUGCCGGAAAAAUCGGACGGUAAACACAACCGCAGAACGAGAGAUUCUUCAGAAGCCGAUACUGAUAACUCCGAGGAAUCUGAUGUGGCCUCGGAGGAUGGUACGCAUUCCGGUACUUUCAUUGGCAAAGGCAAAGGAAGAAAACUAGCCCUUAACGCCAAGUAUGGACCCAGCAAUAGCAAUACAAAAAAUAAACGACCCUCAAACAGAUCAAGUAAAACUACUGGUGCGACUGGAAAAGGAUCAUCAAAACGACCAAAGCAAGAGUCCGACAGCAGCGGCGACGAACAUCUUGUCGAUCCGACUAAACUUGAUCUGAAAUCCAAAUUUUUUGAUGCUAUAUCAUCGAAUCCGCUGGCUCGCAAUCAUGAAGCUCCCACAUUUGACUGCAAUGCUGGCAUGGGAAAGCUUUCCGAUAGCUCUGAAGAGGAGCAUGAUGCGGUACAUAGCAACGAGAAGGAUGCAAGGAAGUUGAUUACGAAAAUUAACGAAACGUCUCAAGCGUAUAUGAAUUUUCAAGAUUAUAGUAAAACUCUUGAAACAGCUAGAAACCAGUUGGAGAACGUUUCGAAAAAGCAACAGCAGAGCAACCUGUCCGACGUGUCGCAGCUGCUUGCUUUGGGCGAGCAGGGCUCAAAUGUUGCAGCAAAGAACGCUCCCGUCAAGCGAACGAAAGCACGGAAAGCUGCGAACAAGCAGCCAGAAUCUGACUCUGAUUGGGAGGAAGUUGAAGAGGCAACACAGCCCAGUACAUCCCGUGCACAAACGGUACAAAUCACCCUGAAACCAGAAGCUGCCACACAGAAAAAGAAAAAAUGCACCGUAAUCGAUGUAGAAGCUUGCAUCAAACGUAUGAUCAAUCGGGAGAAACGUGAUGCACAGCUGGUGCUGCAUAAGAUGACAGUCAUUAUGGGUAUUGCGCAUGGUAAUUUUACGAACUCCAUACUGAAUUCUCCUUCAUUGUUAGCCAUUGGAAAUGCACUCAUUCCGUCGGAACGCUGCUAUCCAAAGGGUUGCACAAAUAUUCAGUACUUUCAGCAGAUAAUGCAAUUCUAUCGCGAGAUUGUUGAUCUCAAGGAUAGGCGGAUGUUUGUGAAUAGUUGGAAAAAGCUUACACUGGAGAAAUCUCUCCGUCUGCAGCUGCUCUCUCAGAUGGCUAACUGUAAACGAGAUUACAUUUUACUGUUUAUCAUACUGCUCCGCUCCAUUGGCGUUCAGUGUCGGAUGGUGACAUCCCUUCAGGUGGUGCCCAAGGUUUUGCCAAAUUCCGACCUGUUGAAGGUGAUUCCGUCUAAAGAGAAUGUGAAAGUAUCAGAGAAUACGAAAAAGAACGCAGCGAGUGAUCAUGACUACGGAGAAGAAAAAAAGAAAAAAUCAACCGUACAGAAGAAACGAAAAGUCGCUCAAGUUGAAAUCCCUCAAUUGGAUGGAGCAGAGGACAUGGCAAAGCCUAGUUCCAAGCGUUCCAAACAAAUGCGAACAUCGACAGCAUCCGAUAACAAUCGCACGCAUGCUAAAGAAACCUCCAAACCGGUCAGUAUUUCUCCCAGAAAAACGCGAAAGCAGCGAUUAGAAGAAACAAAGUCUGAAGAAAAUAGCUCAGAAAAGGCUAUAAGAGAAAACAGUAAACGAUCUAGAGUGAGUAGCGAAGUAACGAAAACCCAAAAAUCCGUGGCGAAAGUAGGUAGUGGUUCUAAGGACAAAAAUGAAGGAUCGUCCAAAAUGAUACGACGAGACUAUGAGCAAAAGAAGAAGGAUGAUAUUACACAACCUUUGGCCAAAUGUUCUCCAGCAAAACCCACCUCAAGUAUCCCGUCAUCUGGUAGAAAGAUCGUCAAGAUUGAACGAUUCAAUCCUAAAACUCGAAAACUGCUUAAUAAUCAGGUUCUGUCAACCGAUGAUGAAAGCAAUUCUAACGGUUCGUGCAAAAAAUUGAAUCUAUGGAUUGAAGCAUUUGCCGAGGAGGAGGAACGCUGGGUACCAUUAGACGUUACACGUGGGCUAAUCGAAUGCGUCCCCGAAAUUGUUCAGCAAGCUUCCAGUCCGAUGCUUUAUGUACUUGCCUGGAAUAACGAUGGUUCGAUCAAGGACGUUUCCGCCCGCUACUGUGCCGAUUAUCUAACGGUAGCGAUUAAACAUCGGAUCAUGCAGCAGUGGAUGGACAACAUAUUGUUUCCGUAUAGUGGUGAUCGCCGUACCGCUCGAGACAUUGCAGAGGAUCGUGAGCUGGAUCGCAUACUAGAGGAACGUCCAUUACCUAGAACGGUGUCGGAGUAUAAAAACCAUCCAUACUUUGCGCUGAAGCGACAUCUGCUUAAGUUCGAAGCAAUCUAUCCACCGGAUGCGCCAACGCUUGGUUUUACCUCUGGUAAGGAACCCGUUUACGCUCGGGAAUGUGUUCAAACCCUGCACGCCCGUGAAGUAUGGCUGAAGCAGGCACGUACUGUAAAAAUGUUCGAGACACCGUACAAAAUUGUUUCUGGCCGACCCAAAUACGACCGAGCAUCCGGUCAAAUGUUACCUUCGCAACCGUUGGAAUUAUUUGGCCACUGGCAGACCGAGGAUUAUGAACCACCGACGGCGGAGGAUGGUAUUGUGCCGCGGAAUGCAUACGGCAACGUGGAGCUUUUUAAACCAUGCAUGUUACCGAAGAAAACGGUUCAUCUGCGAUUACCGUGUUUGAAUCGCAUUUGUAAAAAACUGCGCAUCGAUUGCGCUCAAGCCGUAACUGGGUUUGAUUUCCACGGAGGCAGUAGCCACCCAGUGUACGAUGGGUUCGUCGUUUGUGAAGAGUUUCGUGACGUAGUUGUUGACGCUUGGCACCAGGAACAAGAAGCGGAAGAACAGAGGGCGCGGGAAAAGUAUGAAAAGCGUGUGUAUGGUAACUGGAAAAAGUUAAUCAAGGGAUUACUGAUACGCCGGAAGCUUCAGCACAAGUACAAUUUCGAUAAUCUCAACCAGUAGCAACAGGAACAGGUUCAGGUUGUUUCUCUUAGGGCAUUCUCAUACGCAUCUCAUGUAUCUGAUGUUUACUCGUUUAUUGUUCGUUCGUGUUAAUGAUAUUACAGUUUGCUUUUUGUCUUGAUUUGUUCUUAGUGUGGCAUAAAUGGUUAAACCUUUUGUUGCUUUUAAAAAUUACCUUCAGAAAAGUUUUGUUCGUGUGGAUAAAUUUCUUGUUAAUUGAUUGUUUACUAAUGUUUAGUGCGUAUUAUUUUUUCUGUACUUAUUUGUGUUUAUAUUGAAGAUACAAUUUCCAUUCCAAAUUUUGUUUUGUGACGAGUAAUGCUUUUUUU